UGUCCCGCGGCAAACUUCCCGCACUCAUCUCGUCCCUAUAGAAAGGCGGCCGGAGAGCGGAGCUGCAGAGAAGGAGAUGGCGGAGGAGGACGACGGUGGUCUUGAGCACCAGUUAGAGCUCCAAUUAGUUGAACAAAGGGAGUCCCUGGCUGUCGUCGCCGAUGCCCUCACCACCGACCCCCAAAACACCGAGCUGUUGAAUGUUCACGAGGAGCUUGUCCAAGCAAUCAAGGAUUCAGAAGAUGGUCUUCUCGAAUUGAAAAGGGCACGCCUUUUACAGAAGGUGGACUUACUUGCAAGAGGUGCUUCUGAAGAUUCGGUGAAGGAAGACGUGAAGCCCGAAGACUUAGAGCAGAACAGUACCGAAUCCGAACCACUAGAAGAAGGGUUUAGAGCUGGAUCAAAGUGUAGGUUCCGUCACAGAGAUGGUCGGUGGUACGAUGGUCGUGUGCUGGGAAUAGAGAAUGGAAGUUCUGCAAGAGUCUCAUUUUUAACGCCUACAUCUGAGAACAUGCUGAUGUGCAAGUUCUUUCUACAGAAGCGAUGUCGAUUUGGUAGUACAUGCCGAUCAUCCCAUGGUAUUGAUGUUCCACUCUCAUCAUUGAAGCCACACGUGCCAACAAUUUGGGGUAAAUCAUUUGUUGGUUUAGGUGUUUUUGCCCUUUCUGAAAGCAGUGUUGGCAUAUGGAGGGAAGCUGAGCUUGAAUCCUGGGAUGAUGAACUCAAAAUGGGCAAUGUUGUUUUUAGGGAUGACGGAAGUCACGCUAGGCUGGGGUGUGAAGCUCUUUCCUUGAGAGAGUAUGCUGAAGAUAGUGAAGAGACAAGUUCUGAAGACUCUGAGUCUGGUGAAAGUGAUGAUGAUUCUGAACCAAAUUCUCAGGGCAUUGGCUUCUUGCAAGCAAGCACCGCACAGCAAGGUAUACAAACAGAAACUGUCAUGUUUGCUGACUGGGAGAUUCACACUCGUGGUAUAGCUUCAAAGAUGAUGGCUAACAUGGGUUACCGCGAAGGGAUGGGUUUAGGUGCAUCAGGACAGGGAAUUGUUAAUCCAGUUAGUGUAAAAGUUCUUCCACCAAAGCAAUCCCUUGAUUUCAUACGUGAAUCUUUAGAGAAUGGUGCAAAUGAAAGCAGAAAGGCCAAAGGCCGAAGUAGAGGAGGUAAACGAAAACGUGAAAAGAAGUAUGCAGAAGCUACACGAGCCCUAAAAGAUGCAGAAGAGCGAGGUCCAGAUGUCUUUGAUUUCAUUAACAACCAACUUGCGAAUCAAAAUGGAGUUCAAAGGGAUUCAAGUAACCAAACAGGGAAAAGCAGCACACAAGUGAAACGGGAGAGGAAAGAAGACAGACAGUCACUGGUUGCAUAUGAAGAAGAAGUGAAGGACCUGCGCCUACGGAUAGAGAAACUGGAAGAAAUGGUGAACCGAAAUCGGAAAGAUAAGGCUGUCUGUGAAGCAGUUUCACGAAAGUUGGACGAGACUCGCAAGGCGUUAGCAGAGGCAGAGGCUAUUCAUGCAUCUGCUUCUCAUGCAGUGGUCAGCAAGGAAAAAGAAAAACGAUGGUUGAAGUUCUGAUCAACGCUAGAAACGAAUGAAACUUAUUUUGAGGUCAUGGUAGAAUGGUGGCCCUCUUUUAUCAGAUAAUUCGGCUCUUGGUCAUGCCUGAUAAAAGACGUCUUGGUGACAGCGUGCCAAAAUCACCUAAGAAUGCCAUAAAAAUUCGUGCGGGCGUCAAGGACUAUGGUUUCAUGUUUUAAGCAGCUGAUACGGUAGGUUUUCUACCUGAACUACACAUUUUAAUUUGGAAGAACUGCUUCUAGUUCGGAGACAUCUGCCAGGUGCUGGAAGUUCUCACCCAAUUUUCUCCAUGGCGAUGACUCAUAAACAGCAUCAUCUGCAAAGCAGAUUUAUUCGUGAAGUUGACCGUGUAUAUUAAUAUAAUUUUUUGAUAAAGCCCUA